AUCUCAGGCUUAAUAGGGGGAGGCAGGCAGGUGAGCCAUGAGUGCAAUAAGGCUUUCACAGUUUCCAUUAGAAUUGUGAACAGUCUCCAGUGGAUGCACCAAAAGAGGUGAGCAGUCAAUUCUACAUGUGGGGGCCAGGAAAGGCUUCACAGAGGAGAUGAUUCUCAACUGAGUAUUGAUGCUCAAUAAGUGAGUAGAGUAACAAAGGACAAGGUGGGAAAAGGCAUUCCAGGCAGAGAGAACACGCACAAACAAGGCCAGAGAGCUGGUUGGUUAGGGGAACAUCAGUAGUUGGGAUGGACUAGGAAGUAAAAUGUCAAGCAGGUCCUAAGGAACAAGGGGCUGGAGAGACCUCAGAGCUCACAAUUUAAAAAGUUAUAAGUAACUUGAGAUGUUCGGCAAAGUCACAUUAAGCUUUUCCUUACUCCUCUUUUACAUAAUGAAUAAACUGAGACAGUCCUUUCUGCAGGUUUUAUUCUUAUUUUAAGGUUUUAUUCUUACCUGUGUUUCCUUUGUUUCCAUUUUGAACACUUUAAUUUACUUGUUAUAUUUAACUGUUUAAUCUGGAAUUGACUUUGGUAUAUGAUAGCAAGCCUCAUCUGGAUCUUUCAGUUUUAAUGUUCAGCGCAUCUAUAUUGUUCAUUAAGCUUCUUUCUAUAACCUUAUUUUGCCAUUGAGUAGAAACAGGGAAAGCUGAAUAUCUAAUAAGAUGUAUCCCCAGCCGGGGACAAUAGGAAGGGAAACUAAAGAAAUUUCACUGGGGUUUGCUCUUGUACUGAGCUGUGUUAAACAUCAUAGGUUCAACUCACAGCCACUCAGGAUCCUGGCUCCCAAAGCACCACUGCUACUUUGUAUUUAUAGAUGACACGUUUCUAAGGAGCAAACGUGUUUCCACAGAGAGUAAUUUAUUCUCAUGACAAGUGAAGGGGGGAGAUGGAGGAAAAAUAUGUCACAGGCAGCUUGAUUUAUUUACUCCUCCCAGAAAUUAGGUGGAGUCGCGUUUGUUUGUUUUGCACCUUGACGCUGGCUGAAAACCCAGUGGGCCUGGCAUCUCUUCUCUGUACAGUAUAGGCCAGAUGCCGGGCUGGGAGCAGAGAGCUGUGAUUUGUUAGAAAGGCAAGCACAGAUUGGUUCUCCAGUCCCUCAGAUCUCCCUGUUCCUUCACGGCAUUCUGAAGACCUGUCCACCAAUCACGGGGCUGCUUACUGGAAAAAGCAACUGCUGGAGAGCGCUGGGAGUCCCUAGCAACACUCCAAGGCUUUUGAAUCUGAGGGCGAACGGCUGUGUAGUCAGCCGAUAGUGGAGGAGAGCAGCACCUAUGCCUCAGGAAGAAAAGGCUGUCAGGAUGGACACUCCACAUACUGAAGAACCCUUCGAUAAGAAAGACAAAAAACCAGAAAAGCAGGAAGAGGAGAUGGAGUUUAAGGAGCUGGGCGGUCUGAGGGAGGCCUUGGCGAAUCUCCGGGGACUGUCCGAGGAGGAGAAGAGUGAGAAGGCCAUGCUUUGCUCCCGCAUCCAAGAGCAGUCCCAGCUCAUCUGCAUCCUGAAGCGGAGGUCAGAUGAGGCCCUGGAGCGCUGCCAGAUCCUGGAGCUGCUCAACACAGAGCUGGAGGAGAAGAGGAUGCUGGAGGCUGAGAAGCUGAAGGCCGUGAGCGAGCAUGCCCAGAAGCUGGAGGAACGCUUUAUGACCCUGGCAGCCAACCACGAGUUCAUGAUCCGCUUUAAGGACGAACACAAGAGUCAGAACGUCAAGCUCAGGGAGGAGAAUGAGAAACUGAGGCUGGAGAAUGACAGCCUCUUCAGCCAGGCUCUGAAGGACCAGGAGGCCAAAGUGCGCCAGCUCACCGCCCGGAGCGAGGCCCUCUCCAAGGAGCUGGAGACCCUGAAACAGAGGUGUACUCGGGAUGCCCGCCAGGCACAAGCCAGAGAGAAAGAGCUGCUGGAGCUGCAGAGCCGGCAGGCCUGUGCCCACGCCAAGGAGACAGAGCAGCUGCACAGCCAGCUGCAGAGCCUCCAGCAGCAGCACCAGCAGAUCGCGGAGCAGAUGACCGCGGCGGAGCAGGCUCACGGCAGCCUGAAGCAGGAGCUGCAGGCCAGACUGCAGACGGUCACUCGCGAGAAAGAUGAGCUGCUGCAGCUGUCCAUGGAAAGGGGCAGGGCGCUUCAGAGCAAGCAAGCGGAGAUCCGCCAGCUUGAGGAGAAGCUGGAGACAGCAGAUGUGGCCAGGAGGCAUGCGCUACAGAGGUUUGAACAGGAGGCUGUGGCCGUGGACGGUAACUUGAGAGUACGAGAACUUCAGCGCAGGAUCGAUGGGAUCCAGAAGGCCUAUGAUGAACUCAGGCUGCAGUCUGAAGCCUUCAAAAAGCACAGCCUGGGCCUUUUAAGCAAGGAGAGAGAACUCAACGCCAAACUCCGCCAUUUCUUCCCAUAGGAAGCUUCUGUUUCCUCUUUCCUCUAGUUUAGAAUUGAAAUAUUUGUGCCUUAGCAUUAUGUGUAUUAUACUUUUAAGCACAAUAGGAAGAAGAAAAGCUGCUUUACUAUGAUCUUGUGGCUAUUACUAGUGUAACGCUAACACUGAUUUUCAGUCCUACCACCUAGAAUACACAAGAUUUACCUGA